AUGACUGAAGUGGAAGAGUUGCGGUUGAAUGAUAAUAAAUCAGAUUCAACGAACGUCAAAAGCAACUAUAUUGAUAGUGAGCAAUCAUCGUAUGAAGAAAUUGCUGGUAUUGUGUCAAAUAAAGAUAUUCCCGAUAUGGCUAUUAUCACAUUUCGUAGUUGUUUAAUCGGUAUCUUGUUCACCGCACUCGUAUCGUCACUUGAUCAAUAUUUAUAUUAUCGUACAAAUUCAUACGCACUUCCACAAUUUGUACUUUUACUUCUAACAUAUCCACUAGGUAGACUAUUGUCCUGGUGUCUGCCAAGCAAACCUUUCACAAUAUGGAAAUGGAAAAUUUCAUUAAAUCCGUGUUCAUUUAAUAUCAAAGAGCAUGCAAUCAUUUAUAUAAUGAUUUAUAUUGCCAGUCAAACAGUUGCAGCCAUCGAUAUAGUCGUUUAUAAACAGGCUUAUGAAUCUGCGGAAACGUCUUUUGCCUGGGGAAUUCUUCUCGCACUGUCAUCUCAAAUGAUGGGAUAUGGAGCAGCUGGUAAGUAG